AUGAAUGGUAAUCAUGUGGUGAACGGCACGAAUGGUGUCAAUGGCGCGAAUGGUCACAAAGAUGGCGCCGACGACUCAUUCGAUGCGUUGAUCAUUGGCGCCGGCUUUGCCGGUCUUCGCAUGUUGUAUGAGCUGAGAAAGCGUGGCAUUUCUGCCCGUGUCUUCGACGCUGCAUCUGGAGUUGGAGGUACUUGGUACUGGAAUCGGUAUCCAGGCGCCCGAACUGAUAGCGAAAGCUGGGUUUUCAUCUUCACAUUCCUCGAGGAACUGGGAAUGGACUGGUCAUGGAAAGAGCGCUACCCCCAGCAACCGGAGGUGGAGCAAUACUUGAACAAGAUGACCGACUACUUGGGUCUUCGGAACCAAAUUACGUUGAACACUCGCAUCACAGGUGCCCACCGUGAUGAGUCAAACAACACCUGGAAAGUCUCCACCAACAAGGACGAAACCUUUACUUGCAAAUACCUGAUUACAGCGGCCGGCGUCCUGGCCACUCCACUCAAGCCACCCUUCGCUGGCCUCGACUCCUUCCAAGGCGAAUGGUACCAGACUGGCCUUUGGCCCAACAGAAAGAUCGACUUCAAAGGCAAGAAGAUAGGCCUUAUUGGAACAGGGGCCACUGCUGUCCAGGUUGCGCCUAUCGUUGCUCACAACGCGGAGAAGCUCACAAUGUUCCAAAGGACACCCAACUACGUUGUCCCAGCCCGCAAUUACCCUAUCGGCUCAGAACAAAUGGACGCGAUCAAGGGAAGUUAUGAAGAGAUCUGCCACCGCGCACGAACCCAUUCGAUGGGCUUCGACAUUAUCGAUUCCAAAUUGAAGUUCGAAGACUUGGAGAACGAUGAAGCCAUUCAAAGUGUUCUCGAUGCCGGAUGGGAAAAGGGUGGUUUCCAUUAUUUCUUUGAGACCUUCUCAGACACGCUCACCAACCCCAAGACCAAUGCUGUGGCGUCUGAAUAUGUUCGCAAGAAGAUCCGAGCUAUCGUGGACGACAAGGAAAAGGCAGAGUUACUCUGCCCUACAUACCCAAUCUUUUCCAAACGACCACCUGCCGGGCACAACUACUACUCAAUAUUCAACCGCCCCAACGUCGAGCUUGUGAAUAUUAAAAACGAUCCUAUCGAGGAGAUCACGCCAAAGGGUGUGAAGUUGGGCAGCAAAGAGUAUGAAUUUGACAUGAUCAUAUUCGCUUUAGGUUUCGACGCCGUCACCGGCACCCUAGGAAACAUCGGCAUCCACGGCAGUAAUGGCGAGAGCCUUGCUGACGUGUUCAAGCGAGAAUUGACGACAUCAUACGGCGUCACACUGCCUGGUUUCCCUAACAUGUUCAUGAUUUUCGGACCCCAGGUUCCAUUUGCAAAUGGACCUAUGGUCAUUGACACCGUCGCCGACUGGAUCGGAAAGACGAUAUCAUACCUCGAAAAACACCACUACGACCGCAUUGAAUCCAAGCAGGAAGCAGCGGAGAAGUGGAGCCACCAGGUUAACCACCUUUUCGCGCAGACGGUGGUCGCCCAGAGUGCCAUGGAUGUCAAGUCAUGGUAUGUCGGUGCCAACAUUGAAUCCAAGUUGCACAGGACUCUUCUCUAUUUUGGAGGUAUACCUACCUACAUCAAUGUAUUGAACAAGGAAAUCGAGGAUGGAUAUCCCGGGCACAUCUUGUCUUCACCGAAGGAAAUUGUGGUGUGA